AGUAAAAUGGCUCCGGCGUAAAUCUCGGCUGUAUUGCGGUCGUAUAUCACCGCACCUCGUAAAAACGACACUGAGGAUUCUGGCCCAACAAAUCAGCCGCUCCGAGCUUAAUAUGACUUCUUCCAUCGCGGGUUCGUGGGUUCGGCCGGAGCUGUUCCCACACGGGGCUGCGCGCGCUCCUCACGGCCGCAGCUCCGUCACCCACGCCGCCGCCGCCGCCGCUCUCGCCUGUGCAGGAUGGUACGCGGGGCGGGAUGGAGCGUCCCGGGGCCCCGGGGUCGGUCCGGGUCCAGGCGGUACCGGUCAGAGACUUGAGGGUGACCAGCAGAACUUUUACGCACAGGCGUCGCAGCAGCAGAACCGGAUGUACCCGUGGAUGGCACUGACAGAUCCAAACAGGAGACGCGGAAGGCAGCCUUACUCCAAACACCAAACCCUGGAGCUGGAGAAGGAGUUCCACUUCAGCCGCUACCUGACGCGCAGGAGGCGGCUGGAGGUCUCCCGCGCGCUGGGCCUCACCGAGACCCAGGUCAAGAUCUGGUUCCAGAACCGCAGGAUGAAGUGGAAGAAAGAGCACCCCCGAGAACUCUCCUCCUCCUCCUCCUCCUUCUCCUCCUCUUCUUCUUCCUCCUGUAGCCCAGAAUGUAGUCCCGCGGAGUCACACGAGGAGACGAAGGCGCACGGGGGUCCUGCGGCGGAGGAGUCAGCUGAUGCGAGGAUACAAGGAGCUAGGAGACGAGGACAAAGGGAGCAGGCAGAGAGGGGAUACAGUGUGUUAGUUAAAACGCGUUAGGAAUGGCGCGUUAUUGCACUCGAACUGCUUGUGCGUAAUUGGAAUGGUAAAAGUAUCGAUCCAUUUGAAUGAAUAGCUCCGAUUGAAGGACCAAUAACCAUUAGCGCUUCCAUUCACACCCACGCGCCUUCGUGAGUGCCAGCGCCGCGGAAUCCACUUUACAUCACACUGCCUAACGCGUUUACAUACGGGCCGACACGUAACAUACACGAACGUGACGUAAAGACUCAGACAAACUCCACAAUUGACGUGCCUUUGUUUUUACGCACGAGUGGAGACGUUUUUAAAACCUCGUGCCUUACACUGUUCUAAUGUGACACUGAUACAGAUAAUUAUUACUGUUUUAAGAUGGAAUAUUUAUUUUAUUUUUUUUUAACAAUGUGCUUUUUUUUUAAGCCUGUGUUAAAAAUAAAAAUAAUAAAUGCGUAAAACCGUA